UUUUUCUAUAUAUAAACCGUCAAAUUUUCAGUAACUUUAAUUCAAUUGAUAUUUUGAUUUAUAUUUUUCCGAUGGACUAUUUUGGGUUGAUGCCGGAAGAUUGCUUAUCGGAAAUUUUGUCGUUUACUUCGGCGGAGGAUACUGCUAGGUUAUCUGUUAGCUCUCGAAGAUUCAAGUCUGCUGCUGAAUCCGACGUCGUUUGGGAGAAAUUUUUGCCCUCAGAUUAUCAAUAUAUAAUUUCUAAAUCAAAUUAUUUAUUGGGUUCUGUUUCGAAGAAAGAACUUUACUUUAGUCUCUGCGAUUCCCCAAUUCUCAUUGAUGGGGGCAAACUGAGUUUUUCAUUGGACAAGAAGACGGGGAAGAAAUGUUUUAUGGUAUCAGCGAGGGAACUUGCUAUUUCAUGGGGCGAUACACCGUAUUAUUGGGAAUGGUCAUCUCACCCAGACUCCAGAUUUUCAGAAGUGGCUAAUCUUCAGUUCGUUUGUUGGCUUGAUAUGCGAGGGAAGAUUGAAACUCGACUACUGUCAAAAAGAACCAAUUAUGUUGUUUAUCUAGUGUUCAAACUGGCAGAUGGAUUCUAUGGCCUUGAAACUGCUAAUGCAGUUGUUAGAUUUGUUGAUUGUCAGAGUGACAAUGAAGCUGAGGAACGAGCUAGUGUCGUUAAUCUUUCAAGACAAGAAGGACCUGGCGAGAAUCGAUCCAAGAGAAGAGACGAUGGAUGGAUGGAAAUAGAAAUGGGUAAUUUUUUCAAUGACGCAGGAGAGGAUGGAGAUGUUGAAGCAAGAUUGAUGGAAAUUAGACGUCUCGUUUCAAAAGGUGGCCUCAUUGUUCAAGGAAUAGAGUUUCGACCAGAAUGAAGAAGAGAGAGACGAAUCCUUUGAACCAUGCCUUGCCACGAUUCCCUCUUGUCUCGAUAGACUCAUAUCCUUUUGAAUUUGGCCCUUCUCACCAAAUAGUCGAACUCGAGUUAUCCAUAUAGUUGAUUCAUUAUAUUAAUGUACUAUACAAGAGUGAGUUACUGCAUGUAAAAACGUCAUUUUGCUUAAUAUGAUAUUAAAUGAAAUAAGGCACCUGUUUUAUAGCAUCAAUUUUUCUGAUAGUUCAGGAAGGAAACAUAGGCACCUGAUUGUUUAGGAAGUUGACUCGCGAAAAGUUGGUACCACAGGUGUGUUUUUGACCAUUAUCUUUAUAUAUAAUAUUUCCCUAUUAGGGUUCCUGGCUCCGUGCUACUGCUAUUGCCA